AAAAUAUGAAAAUAUCGAGAACGUAAAUUGUAAUUAACUUUUACAUAACCCGAUGAAGCUGAUGACAUGGCUUGUGAAGUAGUCCAGAUCAUCAACUGAAUUAACUAAUAUCGAGGGGAAACCGUUAAAAGGAGAAAGGCAGCCCCCAUCCCUCUCCCUCCCUCCCUGUCUUCAAGGAUCUCCCUCUCUUCUCUCUGCAACUAAUUAGGGUUUAAAGUCACUCAAAUAAUCACAAUUAUCGUGGUUUUUCUAUCAACGUCAAGUAAUUCCGAAGUUUAGCAUGGAAGGGGGGAAUGGAAGCGAGGUAGAAAGAGAAGAAGAUGAUUCUGUGAGCGAUAUUCUUCAAGACCGAUUUAGACUCUCAGCCAUAUCCAUUGCCGAGAAUGAAGCAAAGAAAAAUGGCGUGGAGAUAUCUGAACCAAUAACUUCUUGCAUUGCUGAUUUGGCCCUUAAUUAUACAGAACAACUUGCGAAGGAACUUGAGGCAUUUGCACAGCAUGCCGGUCGUAAAUCUGUGAACAUGGAAGAUGUCAUACUUUCUGCUCACAGAAAUGAACAUCUUACUGCGUUAUUGAGGUCAUUUUGCAAUGAUCUGAAAGAAAAAGAGCCCCAAUCUGAGAGAAAGCGGAGGAAAACAUCGAAAAAGGAAGAUAAAGCCACUACAAGUGCUGUGGAAAACCAAACUAAGCAAAACGAAGUCUUCAAAAAGACCGCUGAUUCUGGUCUUUAUCUAUAGUCCGCGCGUAGCAAUCAUUAUUCUCAGCUGAGUGUAUCUGCCUGCUUCUGUGGUGUUGAGAUAUGGCCACAGCUGACAUCCAAUAUUGAAUCAGUUUCCUCCUUUUUAAUGUGAAGCUCGACCUUGUUCCAAAAUAUUACAUGGGAAUUUUUCAAAGUUUCUGAUUUUGUUAUAUGGAGUCGGUCAAACGCUUACAGGAAUACUCAUAUAUACAUUCUCUCUCACUUUCUUUGCAUCCUCAUGUAUU